CGCGUUCUAGAGUUCGACGAGUUCCUCAAAAUCCAAGGAUGCAAGACUGGUCGCCACGUCUUUAUACCAAAGAACCGGGACGCUGCCGUUGAGCAAUUCACAGACUGCCGUAUCGAUCACUACCAAACUCCGACCACCGUACACGUUUCUGUGUUUGCCAAGCAAGCGGAUCAGGAGCGCAGUACAGUGAAGAUCGAGCGGAACGCUAUUCAUCUUGAUCUCUACCUGCCCGCGUCAAAGCGGUUCCGCAAGCCCAUAGAGUUGUUCGGCCCCGUUGAUCCUGAGGCAUCCUCUUUCAAAUAUUACGGAACGAAAGUGGAACUCAAUCUCAAAAAGAACGACACGCGUAGCUGGGCGAUUCUCUCGAAACCCACUCGCGACCUUGGAAACAUAGCCCUGACAUUCGGCGUCGGCGGCAGGACGGGUACCAUCGGCAGCAAGGAGAUCAUUUUGGACGAUAUGAAUAGAGCGAAGCACACUCUGGGUUGA